AUGAAACCAUCAAGACUAGUGGCGAAAAAUAUUGACAUCACUCGCGAUGAAAUUUUAAUCUCUUUGAAAUGAGAUUUCCUUUGAAUAAUACCGACUCGAUGAUAACAACCCAGCUGCGUGAAAAAGAACGUAAGAUAAAAAGUUAUCGGGAGACAUUCUGUUUUGCUAAUUCUGAUUCGUUGUAUCACACAAGUAAAAAGAGAACUUGAUAGUAACGCCUGUUUCCGAAGAAAAAACGAAAGAAAUUGGAGUGCCAAUUGGUCAGUUUUACUGUUCUAGUAUUAAAAUUCAAUGACGGAAUAUAUUCUACAGAUCUUUCAAUAAGAUCCUACUUUUUUUAAAGAGAUCAAAGGAGACAAUCGCUCCGACAAUUGCAAUUUCUGCCAUGAUCCCUUCAACUUUCAGAUAUCUGCGUUUGUUAGGCCGAUUUCGCGCGUUGACGAUACUCAGGCUCGAUUACCCAGCUCUGUCCGAUCAGACUCUAAACGCGUUGACCAACGCAGCGCCGAGAGUGUUGAAAACAUUGCACAUAUCCGUGAGAGAUUCGGAUUCCAGGCAUCACACGAUCACCGAUAUCGCCUGGCACAAUUUGGUGCUCGUCUGCCCCGAGCUCACGGUGUCCUACACUAUAGUUAACAUAUCGCAUUACGAAGACAUGUGCUACUUCCUGCUGCCCAGUGUGCCAUUGGCUAGAUUUCAAAUGUUCAGCGGCCAUGUGUGGGAUCAGAGUAGAUCUCGCAAUUUCAGAAGCACCGUCGGACUGCUCAUUACCCAUUACACCAACACGCUCGCCGAAGUAAUGCUACAACUGAGAAAUAAUCGCGAGAUGCUCGACGACUUGCUGGUGUCCAUGUUGGUGCGUUGUAAACAUCUAACGAGACUACAGUACGACGGUAUAAUAAGAAGUCUCGAUACUUUGCGGGACAUCUGCCAGCUGCAAGCUGAAAGCAAGACUCGUUUUCGUACGAUCCACGUGAAGCCACGUAACGUUAAUGCUCGGAAUCGUGCCAUACUGAACGACAUCAACUAUCAUUACGAUCACAAGAUGAUGGAACAAGGAGUAGAUUUUCGUAUCGAAGAUCCAGCCUCGGUUUUGGUGUUCUAUUAAAACGUUAAUUUCUCAGCUGUUCCACACCGGUAUCUGUCCCACUCGCGUCUCCGCUGUCGUUACAGCCAAAAAUAAAACAAUUGUCCACUCUGCAAUUCAUUCUUUUUAUCUAUUUUAAUUGCAUUUUUUUUUUUUUUUUUUGGUUCUUUACGUUUAUUUCAAGAAUUUAUUAAAGACCUUUUGUAGAGUACAGAGAAUUCCCUUUUCUUUGAAAUUUAUUUCUUAUCUGCAAUAGAGAGUUAAACAAUAAAUUUACAGUGUUGCGAAAUUAUUUCUUUUCUUUUCUUUUUUUCUUUUUUUUUAUUAUCGACACGACAUCAUUGACAGUAUUAUCAGAUCAGUCAAUUUAAUAAUAAAUACGAUAUUACAAGAACGUCCAACAGUAAAAAUUUGUAGAAAUAUCUUGUCGAAAGUCUUAAACGAUAAUCGAAAAUUUUCUCGCUAGUAUUGUCCCAGAGUUUUUCGAGUGAAUCUAAGGAUCUAGGGGAAAGUUCUCGUUGUUUUAACGAUCUAAGACAAUAUGUGUAUAAAAAGUAUAAAAAAAAAAAAAAAAACGUGUAUAAAAAUGUGGAAGUUUAAAAUCGGUGUUAGCUAUAUCACGUUGUCCCUUGUAAUCUUCUCUUUCAUAAAAUUUCAUCGAUUAAUCGAUCGCAAAUCCUCGAUUUUUAAUUCGAUUAUAUCUUCAUUACGGUUGAUACUUGCGAUCGAUUAAACGAAGUUUUUUUUCGAAGGAACAAUUCUAUGAGUUCUUUUUUCUUAAUCAUCCCACUUCGCACGAUAUUAAUUGAAGAUAGAAGAGAAACAUGAUAACUCUAUUUUUGUUGAUUCUUUUUAUCUUCAGAUAUCACUUGGUGGUUGA